AUGAAAAUAGGGAUAUUUCUGGUUUCUAUUGUGUUUUCUCUGUUUUUACCUGGCCAUAUUGUCUACGGAGGAAUUUCGGUUGCAUUUACCCCUAACAAAAGACUGUCUGGAUUUUUAAUGGAAAAAAUAUCUCCCAUUGGAAAAAAGAUGUGCGUUAAAGAGUGUGCCAAAAGGGUGUCUUGUGCCUCGCUUAAUUUUCAUAGAGGUCGGUUAGAAUGUGAGUUGUCCUUCAAAGAUGGAUCAACAAACCCAACAAAUCUGACAUCUGAUAAAGAAUAUGUCUAUAUUGAAAGGAAAGAAAUACCACAGGUGUAUAUUGAGACAUGUGAUGCAUCUUGUUCACCCCUAGGAAGUUGUAUUCAGACAGCUACGGGACCUAAAUGUAUCCAAUCAGACUGCCCAUCAAAUCAUCCAGAUGCAAACACUACUUCAGUCAAGGUCACAUCCACUAAGGUCGGAACUAUCCUUACCUACACCUGUAACUCUGACCCCUCAAUAACCUUGACCUCUACCUGUAGGAGUAAUGGGACCUGGUCAUCGCCAGCCUAUGUAUGUGGACAACAGUCUAACCCGCCAGACUGCUUUAAUAUCACGAAUUCCUGUUGGUACAAGUACAACUUUACCCAUGGCAAUGAAUUUAAUGGAUGUGCAGGUGGUCCAAGAUAUGUCAAAGAAACGGGAUAUACAUCUGCUCCACUGGUAGGGGUGGUUUUGUGUUCUCCUACAAGAUAUAAAUUAUUCCUUGGUGAAAACUUAACAACGACAUUUUACAACAUUGGAGACGGGAGCGGAUCAGGACAGGAUCACUGUGAACUUGUCGGUGGAUCCCAAAGUACUGCUAUAAUACCAGGAGAUUAUCCCCAGUCUCCAGCUGUCACAGGUUACUAUCGAAAGUAUGAGGGAGCGGAAUUUCAAUUUGGAAAGAUUGGCGCAGCGCAGUCAUCCUACUGGCUCAACUCCUAUCUGGAAUGCGGCAUAUCAAUUCCGGGAACGGGCACCUUACCAAUGGCGACUAGUGCUGUUUAUAUUAUAUUUUUUCUUAUUUCAUUCUCAUAUUAUGUUAAUGGAGGAACUUAUGGCAUAUUUUCCCCCGAUCUACGACUGUCCGGAUUUGUCAUGGAGAAAAUUGUCCCAAUCGGAAUGGAGAUGUGCAUCAGGGAGUGUUCGAAAAGAGUUUCUUGUGCCUCGUUAAAUUUUCAGAGAAGUCUUUUAGAAUGUGAACUGUCCUAUAGCGACGAAUCAGAGAGUCCCUCUGAUCUGACGUCGGAUGUGAAAUACAUCUACGUCAGUCGAAGCAAUAUUCCAGGGGAAUACUCUGGGUCUUGUAAUGCAUCGUGCUCACUUCAAGAAAGAUGUAUUCCCGCGGCUUCUGGUCCAAAGUGCGUCAAAUCAGACUGCCCUGACCUUCAUCCCGACGCGACCUUAACUUCGGUCAUGGUCACAGCCACAAAGAUCGGAACUGUCCUUACCUACACCUGUAACUCUGACCCCUCAAUAACCUUGACCUCUACCUGUAGGAGUAAUGGGACCUGGUCAUCGCCAGCCUAUGUAUGUGGACAACAAUCUAACCCGCCAGACUGCUUUAACACCACGACUUCUUGUUGGUACAAGUACAACUUUACACAUGACACUGCCUGGAAUGGAUGUCCGGGUGGUCCGAGGUAUGUCAAGAAAACGCAAUAUGUGUCCGCACCGUUGGUCGGUGUAGUACUCUGCAAUUCUACAAGGUACAAGAUAUUUCUGGGUAUGAAUUUGACCGACACAUUUUUGAAUGUUGGUGAUGGCAGCGGUCAUGGAGCGGAUCAUUGUGAACUGGUAGGGGGACUAGAAGCGGAUGCCGUCCUGCCCGGGGACUAUAUGAGUUCCCCCACACUAACCGGUUAUGCCCGCAGUGAAGUAGGGGAGGAGUUCUAUAUGGACAUUUUAUCUGGGGACACCGGAUGGUGGACUGACUCCUGGUACGAGUGUGGCGUACAGAUUCCCGGCCCCCAGGAACCGCCAUGCAUGUCGGCCACGCCCCCUUGUUGGUAUGCUUACGAGGUGUCCGUGGAUGAGUCUUUCAAUGGAUGUAGCGGGGGAAAAACAGUGGUCAAGAAAACAAACUUCACCUCGGCUCCGUAUCUCGCUGUAGUCUUGUGUAACAGUACAAGAUACAAGUUUUUCCUUGGUGCAAACUUAACGACAACCUUCUUAAACAUUGGAGACGGGAGCGGAUCUGGAGAAGAUCAAUGUGAACUUGUAGGCGGAUCUGAAACUUCUGCAGUAGUAGCGGGAGACUACCCAUCUUCUCCGGCAGUCACAGGUUACUAUCGGAGGUACGUGGGGGAGGAGUUUACUGUUGGGAACAUUGGUUACAUGCAGUCGUCCUAUCAUUUCAACACUUACAUGGAGUGCGGAGUGGCCAUUCCAGGAACAGACCUCGUCGUCUUCUAGUUGGAUUGUCUUAAAUCAUGAACACCGGCAAAAUUUCUCUUCGAUCUUUCAUAUUCAUAGUUUGC